UGUGUUCUGUUGCGCCAGAAGCAGUUUAGUCCUGCUGGCCACAUGACCUGGAAAGCUGUCUGUGGACAAACAGCAGCUCCCUUGGCCUGAAAGUGAGAUGAGUGCCACAACCCCCUAGUCGCCUUUGACUGGACUUAACCAUCCAGGGGUCAUUUACAUUUUUCUGGGUGCCUGUUUGCUGCUGUUCAGCAAGCCUAGCAAGGUCCAAACUGACAGUUCCGCUGACAAAAAUAUGCUCCAUUGCAUGUUCUGAGCAAGCUGAUGUAACACACCACAAUCCUGACUGCAUCUACAGUGGUACCUCGGGUUAAGAACUUAUUUCGUUCUGGAGGCCCGUUCUUAACCUGAAAUUGUUCAUAACCUGAGGUACCACUUUAGCUAAUGGGGCCUCCCGCUGCCGCCAUGCCGCUACUGCGCAAUUUCUGUUCUCAUCCUGAAGCAAAGUUCUUAACCUGAGGUACUAUUUCUGGGUUAGCGGAGUCUGUAACCUGAAGAGUCUGUAACCUGAAGAGUCUGUAACCUGAGGUACCACUGUACUUGGAAGUAAGUCCCCCUGAGGGACAAUAGGGCUUACUCCCAGGUAAGUCCCUAGUCUUGUAUGCACUUAUCUGGGAGUAAGGCCUAUCUAACUCAAGGGGGUUAUUUUCUGAGCAGACAUGUAUAUGAUUGUGGUGGUAACUGAAAUGCAAUGUUACAUCUGGAGAAAGUUUGGGAGUGUAUGAUAUGUUACUGAGGAGUAAUAAGAGAAAAAAUAUGUGUCGGUCAGCUGCAUUCAUGGACAGCUGUUGUUGCUAGGCACUUUUCACGGAGAAGUCAGACAUACGGUGCUUUGCACUAAUCUAAUCUGGAAGUCACCAAGGUUAUGUGUGACCUCAUAGCAAGAUCUUUCAUAUCCAGGAAAGAACGCUGUCUGUCACAGCUGCCUGAACAAAAGCCAGGUUCAAAAAUAAACUACAGUGGUACCUUGGUUUACAAACACAAUUGGUUCCGGAAGUCUGAAGCAUACUUAACCUGAAUCGAACUUUCCCAUUGAAAGUAAUGGAAAGUGGAUUAAUCUGUUCCAGACGGUCCGUAGAGUACUUAAACUGAAGCGUACUUAACCUGAAGCGAACUUUCCCAUUGAAAGUAAUGGAAAGUGGAUUAAUCUGUUCCAGACGGGUCCGCGGAGCAUUCAACCUGAAGUGUACUUAACCCGAGGUGCCAGCUGGCUCCACAAUCAAAGGCAGACGAGAUGUUGCAGCCAUGGCUGAGCCUCCUACCUAUGCUUUUCUGUGUCUCCGUGGACGGUACAGAUUAUUCCACAUUGCACAUGGACUCGGUGACUGGGGUUUUGGAAGACUUUGAAUCCCAGCUGAAGGGGACCCCGGACCAGACUGUGACAGAGCUUUUCCGGGAGCUGAAGUGUUGCGAGGGCGAGCUCUGCCAGCUUCUGCUCGGCCCCGUGACAUCGGCGCCCUCAGACGUGUCUUACCUGAGUGAGCCGCAGAGCAUUUUCUUCAAAAACCUGGUGAACCACGAGGUUGAUGACGCCUCCUUGGUAGAACAUGGGGUGGUCUUGACUCCUGAUGGGACUACCGUUUCGCUCAGUCCUCUUCUUGCUGGGAUAGCUGCAGGGCUCCAGAGGAACCAUACGGAGACUUAUAGUUCUGUGGUACAGCUACCCCCUACUCUGGAGCCCCUCUUCGCCACGACGAUUGCCAUGGACCUCGGCAAAGCCUUUCUCCUCUUUCACACCAACCAAAGCCAGGUGACCUUGGGACCAGAUGGCUGCUGGGACAGCAUCUCUGCACCUCAAACAUUCAUCUUGAUGGGUGCUCCCUCGCCUCUUCCGGAUGCUUUUAUCAAUGGUGCAAUGGAUGGCCUCAUUCUAGGCACUUACUUGGCAGAGAAAGCAGAUCCGCCAUCCAACAUCAGUGUCCUGCUGAAGGAUUAUUAUGGCGGAGAGGGCCUAGGAGCUGAAAGCCCGAUGCGGAGCAACUUCCGACGAAAGAACUUUGCAGCUCUGGUGAGCGAGGAAAAGCUGAGGAUGCAAGUAGAGGAUUCGCUCCUCCUGCUCCGGAGGCUGAAUGAAAGCAACCCCUUGUUUGAUGGCCUCACGGAUGAAGAAUUGAGAUCCGUCGCAAACCAGGCUGUGGAAGAAUUCACGGCAUUGUAUGUAGAGUGUCCUGCAAUCAUCCCACGGUGCAUGUGGGGUGCCCAGCCCUACAGAGGAACACCCGCGCAGCUUCAAUUGCCCUUGCGCUUCGUGUACAUCCACCACACUCACAGCCCUGCAAAGCCAUGCCGAAGCUUCCCAUCGUGUGCAGCGGACAUGCGCUCAAUGCAGAGAUUCCACCAGGAUUUCCGUGGCUGGGAUGACAUUGGCUACAGCUAUGUUGUCGGAGGUGAUGGAUACAUCUACCAGGGGCGAGGCUGGCACUGGGUAGGGGCACACACAUUGAGCUACAACACCCUAGGCUACGGCAUCAGCUUCAUCGGGGACUACAAGGAGGCGCUGCCGGAUGCCCACAACAUGGAGCUGGUGAAGAACAAUUUCAUAAAGUGCGCUGUGAGGGGCUCCAAGCUGCAAGCCAACUACACCAUCCAUGGGCACCGCCAGAUGGGGAACACCCUAUGCCCGGGAGACAGACUCUUCAAAGAGAUUCAAACCUGGAAAGGUUUCGCAGAGAGGUGCUUUACGGACAAGGGUGUUCACCGCUGCAUCUAACGCAGAGCUUCCUGAUGUUGUUUCCUGGUGUGAGAGGAGAGUUUCCAAGAACCCAUCAUCCCGCAGACUGGGGGAAGCGUGCCAUCAAUGCCCAAGUCCAACACCAGGGGGCGGAUGUUCAACACCUGCAAGGAAGCAAGGGCCGAAUUCAAAAUCCUUAAGCAAAAUAGAUGAUGACAGUCACACAAUACUUUGAUUUGAAAAUUUGGGGAAUGCAAAUAUAAGAUACACGGGACUAUGGGGGAGGCAGUGGUGUGGAAGAGAGGGACUGAAAAUAGAGAAAUCUGUCCGAGAAUUACACAGCCAGCCCACUGCGUGCCUCUGCUCCUGUCUGCAAGGGCAAAGAUGCAGAAUAGAGAUACAGAGCCACUGAAAAAAGGCACUUUCAUGUGCAAAUGUUGUGUUUUCCCUGAUGAUAACAACAUGCCGUCCCAAAUCAGAGCAGGGCAAUACCAUGCUACAGUACAUCCAAAGGCAGAUCUAGCGGGGCGAGACCCUGCAACUAUGACGUCCAACGGAAGGGAAGAGGUGGGAGAGGGUGCCGGAUUUUGGCAUUGCCCAGGGUGCCACUGAAAUUUGAGCUCUGCCACAGCUAUAUCAUCAGCCCCGGACCCGAAAGCCAUAGCGGGAGAUUGCACCAUCUAGCUACAUGUAAGAUGACCGUUGUUAAAAGAAGAAUACAUUUACAUAGCUGCCACUUCUCCCGUAUUCCCCGGGAAACCCCCGUUUUUCCAGCUGUUCCCAGCUGAAAAAACAGAUUUUUGUUUUGUUUCCCCCCGGUUUAUUCUGGCGCGGCGGCCAUUUUGGAACUGGGCGGAGCAGCAUCAAAAGUUGCUUCUGUGCAUGCUCUGCCCAGUUCCAAAAUGGCGGCAGCGCUACUUCCUGCUUUCUCAGACAGGAACUUGGCAGGUAUGCAUUUAAUUCCCUUAUGGGGUAUCUAAAGGUAAAGGGUAAAGGGGCCCCUGACCAUCAGGUCCAUUCGUGUCCAACUCUGGGGUUGUGGUGCUCAUCUUGCUCUAUAGGCCGAGGGAGCCGGCGUUUGUCCGCAGACAGCUUCCGGGUCAUGUGGCCAGCAUGACAAAGCUGCUUCUGGCAAACCAGAGCAGCGCACGGAAACGCCGGUUACCUUCCCGCCGGAGCGGUCCCUAUUUAUCUGCUUGCACUUUGAUGUGCUUUCGAA